AUGGUGUCUUGCGUCAUAAGGGAAAGAUUUGGGUUGGACCUGAUAAGAAAUGAGCACAAGCUACCUGAUUCGGUGGUGUAUUUGUUGGUUCCAGGUUUGUUUAGUAACCAUGGGCCACUGUACUUUGUGAAGACAAAAGCAUACUUCUCUAAGAUGGGUCUGGUUUGUCACAUUGCCAAGAUUCACAGUGAGUCUUCAGUAAGUAAAAAUGCAAGGGAGAUAAAGGAGUACAUUUUUUUUUGCGAGGAAGAAGGCGACGUGAAACGUGUGCUGCUUCUUGGUCAUAGCAAGGGUGGUGUGGAUUCAGCGGCAGCUCUGUCACUCUACUGGCCACAACUGAAAGACAAGGUUGCAGGCCUGGUAAUAGCUCAAAGCCCAUACGGAGGAAGUCCAGUCGCUUCAGAUAUCCUGAGAGAGGGGCAACUUGGUGACUAUGUCAUGUUACGCAAAUUUAUGGAGAUUUUGGUUUCCAAAGUCCUCAAGGGUGAUUUGCAGGCCCUGGAAGAUCUGACAUACGAAAGGAGGAAGGAAUUCCUGUCGCAGCACCCGUUGCCCCCUGAGGUUCCAGUCGUAUCAUUCCACACAGAGGCAAGCAUCACCCCAAGUGUGCUGACAGCCCUCUCUCAUGUCGCGCACGUGGAGCUCCCAGCCGCCGCCGGCAACCCUGCAAGGAUCCCGGUCGUGAUGCCGCUUUCAGCUGCACUGGCAGCAUGCUCGCAGGUGCUGGUGGCAAGGUACGGUGAGAAGAGCGACGGUCUUGUGACGAGGAAGGAUGCCGAGGUUCCUGGAUCACUGGCGGUCCGACCAGAGCGGAAGCUGGACCACGCAUGGAUGGUGUAUUCUUCGAUGAACGAGGAGCCCGGAGAUCAGGCAGACACGUCACAGGUGUGCGAGGCCCUGCUGACUCUGCUCGUCGAGGUUGCGCAGAAACGGAGGCAUGAGUCGGCCAUGAAAGACGAAUAAGGAACAUGUUAGAGCUGUCCUGGUAGAUUUGUGUAACUGUAGAUUGACUAGGUUGUUUGUUUUAGGGAACUGUGUUCGGAAACCAGAUCCUAUCAUCCUAUCCUUUGUUGAAAACUGCUUCUGGUCUUCUGGGUAAGGAAAGGGAUUUUUUUUU